AAAAAGGGUCCCACGUUACGCAAGUUCAGUUCAAUCCUAAGAAGAUAUGUAUGUUAUGUAAUAUGUAGGCUAGGCCGUCACGGAAACAGAUAGGGCAGAAGACACAUUUAUGCCAAAAACAUCUCAGCACCGCUGCUUUCCCUUCUCUUCUUCUUCUUCUUCUUCUUCUUCUUCUUCUUCACUUUUCUUCCUCUAAUCUUCUCUUUCCUCCGCCAACCACCCCACUCCUCAUCUCUCUCCGGUUGUUUCAAAAAUGGCAGAACCCUCUAAGGUUAUUCAUGUGCGCAAUGUGGGGCAUGAAAUUUCUGAAAAUGAUUUGCUUCAACUGUUCCAGCCAUUUGGGGUAAUAACCAAGCUUGUAAUGCUCCGUGCUAAGAAUCAGGCUCUUCUCCAGAUGCAAGAUGUUCCUUCAGCGAUAAAUGCUCUUCAGUUUUAUGCAAAUGUUCAGCCAACUAUAAGGGGGAGGAAUGUUUAUGUCCAAUUCUCAUCUCAUCAGGAACUAACAACAAUGGAUCAAAAUUCUCAAGCACGAGGAGAUGAGCCGAAUCGUAUUCUUCUAGUAACAAUCCAUCACAUGCUAUAUCCUAUAACAGUGGAAGUGCUCUAUCAAGUUUUUUCACCUCAUGGAAUUGUGGAGAAGAUUGUCACAUUUCAGAAGUCCGCUGGUUUUCAAGCCCUAAUUCAGUAUCAACUUCACCAGAGUGCUGUGUCAGCAAGAACUGCUCUUCAGGGUCGUAAUAUUUAUGAUGGCUGCUGUCAGCUGGACAUUCAGUAUUCUAACCUUGAUGAGUUACAAGUCCACUACAAUAAUGACCGGUCCAGGGACUUCACAAACCCAAAUCUUCCAACAGAACAGAAAGGCAGGCCAUCACAACAUCCUGGGUAUGGUGAUGUAGGAGUUGGAUUUCCACAGAUGGCUAAUGCAGCUGCAAUUGCGGCUGCCUUUGGAGGAGGUUUGCCUCCUGGAAUAACCGGGACGAAUGAGAGAUGUACUGUGCUCGCCUCCAAUUUAAAUCCUGAUAGCAUAAGUGAGGAUAAGCUUUUCAACCUGUUCUCACUCUAUGGGAACAUCGUAAGAAUUAAACUUCUACGCAAUAAGCCAGAUCAUGCUCUUGUGCAGAUGGGAGAUGGCUUCCAGGCUGAACUGGCAGUACACUUUUUGAAGGGGGCCAUUCUAUUUGGAAAGCCUUUGGAAGUCAACUUCUCCAAACAUGCAACUAUAACUCAAGGAGCUGACACACAUGAGUAUGCGAACUCAAAUCUCAAUCGCUUUAACCGCAAUGCUGCAAAGAACUACCGAUAUUGUUGUUCUCCAACUAAGAUGAUUCAUCUUUCCACUUUACCUCAAGAUGUCACUGAGGAGGAAAUUGUGAAUCACCUGGAGGAACAUGGCCCCAUUGUCAGUACCAAGCUCUUCGAGAUGAAUGGUAAGAAUCAGGCUCUCAUUCUUUUUGAAACUGAAGAGCAGGCCACUGAAGCGCUCGUGUGUAAGCAUGCCAGCUCACUUGGUGGGUCCAUCAUCCGCAUUUCAUUCUCUCAGCUACAGUCAAUAAGAGAGAACUCGCAGUAAUAGGCUAACCGAAUGGAACUGCAAUCGUGUACUAGGAUUACAGAUUCAUUGUUUCCCAGGAUAUUUAUAUGGGUGAUGGGUAAUCUUUGGUCUCUAGUUUUCAUAAUUUCAUGUGACGCUGGUUUAAUUGCUUUGACACUGUUUGAAACUAAUAUUUUAUUUUAUUUUGUCAUCUUGGCAACUCCUAGUUCUUGUAUCAUGUUUUUUAGGCUCCUUAAGAGAGACAAGGUAGGUAUUUGCUUUGCUGAUCUGAUCAGUUUUGACGAUGAGGUGGAGAAAAAUGCUCUCUCAGUAUUGUACUGCAUAGUUCUUGUAAUCAGGGAUCGUUCACUCUUUUCCCUAAUAUAUGUGUAUUCCUGGA